AUGACCAUGUUUGAAAAUGUCACCCGGGCCCUGGCCAGACAGCUAAACCCUCGAGGGGACCUGACACCCCUUGACAGCCUCAUCGACUUCAAGCGCUUCCAUCCCUUCUGCCUGGUGCUGAGGAAGAGGAAGAGCACGCUCUUCUGGGGGGCCCGGUACGUCCGCACCGACUACACACUGCUGGAUGUGCUUGAGCCCGGCAGCUCACCUUCAGACCCAACAGACACUGGGAAUUUUGGCUUUAAGAAUAUGCUGGACACCCGAGUGGAGGGAGAUGUGGAUGUACCAAAGACGGUGAAGGUGAAGGGAACGGCAGGGCUGUCGCAGAACAGCACUCUGGAGGUCCAGACACUCAGUGUGGCUCCCAAGGCCCUGGAGACCUUACAGGAGAGGAAGCUGGCAGCAGACCACCCAUUCCUGAAGGAGAUGGAAGAUCAAGGGGAGAACCUGUAUGUGGUGAUGGAGGUGGUGGAGACGGUGCAGGAGGUCACACUGGAGCGAGCCGGCAAGGCAGAGGCCUGCUUCUCCCUCCCCUUCUUCGCCCCAUUGGGGCUACAGGGAUCCAUAAACCACAAGGAGGCUGUAACCAUCCCCAAGGGCUGCAUCCUGGCCUUUCGAGUGAGACAGCUGAUGGUCAAAGGCAAAGAUGAGUGGGAUAUUCCACAUAUCUGCAAUGAUAACAUGCAAACCUUCCCUCCUGGAGAAAAGUCAGGAGAGGAGAAGGUCAUCCAUAAGUUUAUCCAGGCAUCUGAUGUUGGGGACGUACAUGAAGGCUUCAGGGCACUGAAAGAAGAAGUUCAGAGAGAGACCCAACAAGUGGAGAAGCUGAGCCGAGUAGGGCAAAGCUCCCUGCUCAGCUCCCUCAGCAAACUUCUAGGGAAGAAAAAGGAGCUACAAGACCUUGAGCUCGCGCUUGAAGGGGCUCUAGACAAGGGACAUGAAGUGACCCUGGAGGCACUCCCGAAAGAUGUCCUGCUAUCAAAGGAGGCCGUGGGCGCCAUCCUUUAUUUCAUUGGAGCCCUAACAGAGCUAAGUGAAGCCCAACAGAAGUUGCUGGUGAAAUCCAUGGAGAAGAAGAUCCUACCCGUGCAGCUAAAGCUGGUGGAGAGCGCAAUGGAACAGAACUUCCUGCACGAUAAAGAGGGUGUUUUCCCCCUGCAACCUGAGCUGCUCUCCUCCCUUGGGGACGAGGACCUGACCCUCACGGAGGCUCUAGUCGGGCUGAGUGGCCUGGAAGUGCAGAGAUCGGGCCCCCAAUAUAUGUGGGACCCAGACACCCUCCCUCGCCUCUGUGCUCUUUAUGCUGGCCUCUCUCUCCUUCAGCAGCUGACCAAGGCCUCCUAAUUUGCCUUUUACAUCUGCUUCAUGACUCCCUAAUGCCUUCCCAACCUCAUAGUGCUGUGUCCUUACCACCUAAGGGCAUUUCAGAGCCAUCAGCUGAAGACAUCUGAAGUCUCAGCUGGUCACCCAUGAUAACCAAUCUCCACCUGCCCAACCAUAUAUCACCCCCUACCCCUCCAGCUCC